GGACUGGCUGAAGGAGGCUGUGGAAGAUCUGGAGCGCAAAGCGCAGCGCAUCGACACAGACUGCUUGGGGUGCUCCGGUUACCCGUCGACGGUGCAGCUGGACGGAGCCGAGCCCGCCGAUUGAGCCAAAUCCCCGCGGCGACUCCGGGCUGCCGCACCGACCCGCCGGCUCCCUCCCAGAGUCCCGGCUCCCCGCGCCGUGACCCUCCAGCCAACAUGAGGCUCCUGGCGGCUGCGCUGUUCCUGCUCCUCCUGGCGCUGUGCGCCCUGCGCGUGGACGGAUCCAAAUGCAAAUGUUCCCGAAAGGGGCCCAAGAUCCGCUACAGCGACGUAAAGAAGCUGGAAAUGAAGCCAAAGUCCCCGCACUGCGAGGAAAAGAUGGUGAUCAUUACCACCAAGAGCAUGUCCAGAUACAGGGGCCAGGAGCACUGCCUACACCCCAAGCUGCAGAGCACCAAGCGUUUCAUCAAGUGGUACAAUGCCUGGAAUGAAAAGCGCAGGGUCUACGAAGAAUAAGGUGAAAAAUCUCUGAUAGGAAAAAAACUCCAGACCAGUUGGGAGACUUCAGCAAAGGACUUUGCAGAUUAAAAU